GCCUCCGCCCCCGCCCCUUAAAGGCGCCGCCGCCGCCGCUGAGGCUGGCGAGCUACUCGAGGUUCCGGCCCCCACCCUCAGCAUGGAGGCCGCCCGGGGACGGCUCGGGCCGGAACCGGACCUUUCGGCCGUCGCCGACCGUCAGGCAGCGAAUUUCAGCAGCCAGCCGGUCCGAACGCCUUCGAAGCCGCCCUCAAUCUUGAGGGCGUCCGGGGAGGAAGAGGCUGAGAACGUUGGGGUCGCGAGCCGUCACCCACGAGCGUCCCCGAAGACGUCGAGCGGCAGCAUAGUCCACCGGCCGGAGCUGGGCGCUUGGGAGGAACAGCCGGGCAUCAGGGCGACGCCGUCAGGGGCCGGGGGCCGCCUGGGACCGGCAGGUUCUGAGCUCGCCCCGCCCCCGUCCACCUGGCACCAGGACCCCGAACCCGGCGAGAACCAGCCUUCCGCCCCGAGGGUCUGCCGUCGAGGGAGCCCCGGAGGCGUCGAGAUGAAUGUGAAGCCACCGCAGCGAGAAGAUGCAGACCAUGACGAAGAGGAGGCGGCGGCGGGUAGGGCUGGCCGCUCCUUCUCCAGCCGCCUUCAGGACAGCCGCAGCCUGGACGGGCUGAGUGGGGCGUGCGGCGGUGGGGGAUCCUCGGCGACUGGCGAAGCUGGCGCGGGCGGGGGACGUCGCGCCACCAUCUCCAGCCCCCUAGAGCUCGAGGGCACGGUGAGCCGCCACGGCGACCUUACCCACUUUGUCGCCAACAACCUACAACUCAAGAUCCGUCUGAGUGGCGCCCCCCCGCCCCUUCCCCCUGCCUCUGGGCGACCCAGCCUGACCCCCGCACCCACUCCCACUAUUCCUCCCAUCGACCCCGACGUGCUGAGGGAUCUGGAGAGGCUGAGUCGCGAGCUGGGCGGCCGGGUGGACCGUCUGCUCCGCGGGCUGGGUGGUGCGGUGCAGGAGCUGACAGCAUUGAGCGUGGGCUGUAUCCAGACCUACCGUGACGCCGUGGAUUCCUUAGGCGAAGCCGUGGACAUGAGCAUCAAGGGCAUGUACACAUUACUUGCACGCUGCGAGGAGCUGGAACGAGCUCUGCAACCGGUUCAGGGGCUGGCACGCCAAGUCCGAGAUAUCCGACGUACUCUGGAGGUGUUGGAGGCCCUAUGCAAGUGACCAGGAGCACAGAGGAGAGGCCAUGCCUAACCUGGCCAGGCCAGGGUCCAGUCGGACCCUAAGGAUUCUUCGAGGAGCCCUGGUGGAAACUGCCGGCUGAGGGGAGGCCUGUGCGUUAGAGGUUCUUCCACAAGCGUUUAGGUGGCCUGUGCCCAUUCUCGGCGUAAGGAGUGUGAAUGGAAUGGGGAAGUCGGAAAGAUUUUCCUGCUGGAAGGGGAUGUAGCUCUGCUUCUAUUCAGUUGGCCAACAGUCUGCCCUGUUCUUCCUGACUCUUCUCCUCCCUAGCUAGAACGCCAUCCUUGGGAACGCCAUCCUUGGGAACGCAGGCCUUUAGAUCUCUGCUGGUGGGGUGGGGCAGACCACCACGCGUGCCGAGAAGAGAACGGAAGGAGCCACUGUUUGCUGUGGCUGUCGUGAUCCCAGUGAUCAGACCCCAAGUGCCAGGAGCUUUAGGAGCUUGAGUGGUCCUCGGCAGGCGUCGUGCAGGCAAGGGCGCACAUCUGCUAAUGCAUAACCUCCUGCUUCUUCCCUCUGGUCCCCUAAAAUGCCACAGGGUGGAGCAAGCAGGUGCACAUUUCCUGGUGGAGAGGGUGAGGUGGGAGGUGUCUCACCGCUCUGGGAUAAGUUUAGAAUUGUUGCUGGUUUUGAAGCCCACCUGUUGUGGAGAGUUUUGUGAAAUUAAAGUGCCGCUGCUGCUAA